AUGGCGGCUGCCAUUGAGGAGAAAGAGGACCCCACCCCUCCCACAAAACGGCGCAGGAGCGACGAUCAUUCUCGCAUCGACGACUCUGAAAAGGCUACUGAACAUGGAGACAAGUCGUGCUCCUCAGGUCAGAACCCACCCGUUAUCGACGAGAGCCUGUAUUCCAGACAAAUCUACGUGCUUGGGCGCGACGCCAUGGUGCGGAUGGCCCAAUCGGACGUGCUCGUUUCGGGCCUUGGCGGCCUAGGAGUGGAGGUGGCCAAGAACAUCAUUCUAGCUGGCGUCCGGUCAGUCACUCUCCACGAUGAGAUGGCGUGCACACGAGACGAUCUCUCCUCGCAGUACUACCUGAACAAGGACACCUUGGGCCAGAAUCGAGCCGAGGCUUGCGAGGCCCCUCUGGCACGACUCAACAAGUACGUGCGCGUCACGACCCACACCAAACCACUGACGGAAGAAUUCUUGAAGCGAUUCGACGUGGUGGUGUUGACAGAGACGCCGCUGGAUGAGCAGGAAUACAUCUCUGACGUCACCCGCAACAACAACAUCGCUCUCAUCGUGGCCGACACCCGAGGACUCGCUGGGCAGAUCUUCUGCGACUUCGGUGACAACUUCCACGUGACCGACGCGAACGGAGAGCAGCCGAUUUCUGUGCUGAUUGGCUCCAUCACCAAGGCAAACGAAGGCGUGGUGACUUGCCUGGACGAAAUGCGACAUGGUUUCGAAGAUGACGAUUACGUCACCUUCUCCGAAGUCGAAGGCAUGACCGAGAUCAACAAAUGCCCACCGAUGAAAGUGAACGUUCUAAGUCCGAGCACAUUCUCCGUGGGUGACACAACGCAGUUCGGUGAUUACACCUUAGGUGGCGUUGCAACGCAAGUGAAAGUUCCGAAGGACGUAAAGUUCAAAUCUUUCAAGGAGUCAUUGGUGAACCCGGACUUCGUCGUGUCAGACUUCGCCAAGAUGAAUCGCCCUGCGCAUCUUCACUUGGGCUUUCAAGCUCUUCACGCUUUCGAAGAGUUACACUCACACCUUCCACGGCCUUGGAACAAGGAGGACGCCGCAGUGCUGGUCCAACUGGCCAUGGAAAAGAACGAGGCGCUGGCCGCACCGCUGGAGGAAGUGGACCAGGAACUAAUCACGGUGCUGUCCUGCGUAUCUGCCGGCUCCUUGUGUCCCGUGCAGGCGGUUAUUGGAAGCGUCGCAGCGCAAGAGGUUAUAAAGGCAUGCAGUGGAAAGUUCAGCCCUAUCCAACAGUGGUUCUACUUUGACGCUUUCGAGUGCCUCCCACAGGAAAGCGACGUUUCGGAACCAGACGCCAACGCCAUGGAGCACUCACGGUACGCAGGGCAAGCCCGCGUCUUCGGCGCUAACGUGCAGCGCCUGCUGAUGACUCAGAGAUACUUUGUGGUGGGAGCUGGAGCCGUGGGCGGCGAACUUCUGAAGAACUUCGCCAUGAUGGGCAUUGGAGUGGACAAUGGCUGCAUACAUGUCACAGACAUGGACGUCAUAGAGCGGUCCAACCUCAACAGGCACUUCCUCUUGCGGUCCCACGACGUGGGCGCCAUGAAGUCUAUCAUGGCCGCGCAAAGCCUGGUCGAAAUGAACCCCGAAAUCAACAUCCACGUCCGGGUGGAUAGAGUGGGUCCGGGAACGGAGCACAUAUACAACGACGACUUCUUCGAAUCUUUGGACGGCGUGGCCAUUGCGGUGGACAACGUCGACACGCGUCGCUACGUGGACGGGCGCUGCGUGCUCUACGGGAAGCCGCUGCUCGAGUCCGGCACCAUGGGUACCAAAGGAAGUGUGCAGGUGGUGGUGCCGCAUAUGACCGAGUCCUACUCGUCCUCCCAGGACUCGCUCGAGAAGCCGACGCCCACCUACACUAUCAGGCACUUUCCCAACAACAUCGAGCGCAUCCUGCAGGUGGCUGCACCACGUAGGCCAUCCACAUUUGCACCUCCACUCGUCCGGCAAAACGCCCAGUGUGCUUGCGUUUGCCGGAAUACCGGAACAGCUAAUACUCUCUAUUAUUCUUUACAGUGGGCACGCGAAGAAUUCGAAGGCCUGUUCAAGCAGAGUGCUACGAAUGCUGUGCAGUAUUUAACAGAUCCUGAUUUUCUGCCGAAGACAUUGGAAACUCUACAAUUUACUCAAAAGGUGGCCCUACUGAAGGAAAUCAAGAAGAUUCUGGUGGACGAGCAGGCGAUUUAUUUCGAAGACUGCGUGGCUUUCGCCAGGCUACGCUUCCAGGAGCAGUACAGCGACCAGAUACGACAGUUUCUCCGCGUCUAUCCCGAGAAUCACGUCACAGCUUCGGGCGCCCCAUUUUGGUCUGGCCAUAAACACUGUCCCAGGCCGAUUGAGUUUGACCCCAACAAGACGCUCCACAUGGACUACAUCGUGGCUGCUGCGAACCUUCGGGCAACAAUGUUCGGCAUUCCGCACUGUACCGCCCGCGAAGAGAUCGCUGAUAUGCUCGAAGAAGUCGACGUACCAGCAUUUGAUACUCAACAAGAAGACAUGCAAGUUGCCGCAAACGAAGCGAACCCACCGCAGCCCGACGUCCCACAAACCGAUGACGAGGAACUGCUGGCAAAGCUGCUGGAGGAGCUGCCCGAUCCGGAUUAUCUCGAUUACGUGUCGCUCAAGACGCUGGAGUUCGAAACAGAUGAUGACGCCAACUUCCACGUGGACUUCAUCGUGGCGGCCUCGAACCUGCGCGCCGCCAACUACUGUAUUGAGCCGGCCGACAGGCUCAAGAGCAAGCUCAUCGCAGGCAAGAUCAUCCCGGCCAUCGCCACCACCGCGUCCCUCGUCGCGGGCCUCGCAUCCCUCGAGCUCUACAAGCUGGCUCAAAGGCACGACGAUCUUAAGCUGUACAAGAACGGAUUUGUGAACAUAGCUUUGCCUUUGUUCUGCUUUGCGGAACCCAUUGCUCCCAGAAAGAAAAAGUUUAACGACCAGGAAUUCACACUUUGGGACUGCCUCGAAGUUGAAGGGGAGAUCACGCUUUCCCAGUUUCUCGAACAUUUCGAGUCCAAACUGAAGCUCUACGAUUGGUUCAUCCACUGCGGCUUGGUGGUUUUAUGA